AGUGACAUUUUUGAUGUUUUUGAAAUUUAUGAUAAUCAAUUAUCGUCCUGAUAUAAUUGACAUUGAAAAUCGUGUUCAAUCGAUACCGUUAAAUAAAAUGCAAUUGGUGUAUGAUUUUAUAAUAAUUGGCGGUGGAUCAGCUGGUUCAGUGUUGGCAAAUCGUCUAACGGAAGCCGAACAAAAUUGGACAGUUUUACUAUUGGAGGCUGGUGGUGAUGAGACAAUACUUUCAGAUGUGCCAUUAAUUUUUCCAACACUACAAUUAUCAAAACUCGAUUGGCAAUUUAAAACAGUACCAUCGUCCACCUAUUGUUUAAGUAUGAAUGGAAAAUCAUGUAAUUGGCCAAGGGGCAAAGUUCUCGGUGGUAGUAGUGUUUUAAAUGCAAUGCUCUAUGUGCGAGGUAAUAGACGUGAUUAUGAUAAUUGGCAAAAUUUUGGUAAUCCCAAUUGGAAUUAUGAGAAUGUUUUGCCAUAUUUUAAAAAAUCUGAGGAUAUUAAAAUUCCCGAACUCAUUAAAUCGCCGUAUCAUCAAACAGGUGGAUAUUUGACAAUUGAACGAUUUAAUUAUAAAUCUCCAAUUGCAAAUUAUUUUUUAAGAGCUGGACAAGAAAUGAAUUAUGAAAUAUUGGAUGUUAAUGGGGAAAAACAAACUGGAUUCACAUAUUCAUAUGGAACAUUGAGAAAUGGUUUGCGUUGCAGUUCAGCCAAGGCUUUUCUGAGACCAGCAUCAAAACGAAAGAAUCUUCACAUUAGUACGCAGUCGUUAGUUGAAAAAAUUUUAAUCGAACCCACGACAAAACGAGCAUAUGGCGUAAAAUUUGAACGAAAAUGGUUAAAAAUCACAGUUUAUGCACGUCUUGAAAUAAUUGUCUCAGCUGGCUCAAUACAAACACCACAAUUAUUAAUGUUGUCGGGUAUUGGUCCCAAGGAACAUUUGAGUAAAAUGAAAAUUCCAUUGAUUCAAAAUUUGCCAGGUGUAGGUAGAAAUUUACAGGAUCACGUUGCCAUUGGUGGCAUUACUUAUUUGACUGAUUCGCCAGUUGCCAAUAAUUUUGAAGAAUUUGGAUUUGUUUUGCCAAGAUCAUUAACAUUUAAUUCAGUGAGGCAAUUUGUUUUUAAUCAAUCUGGACCACUUUAUAUGGUACCACAAUGUGAAGCCAUGGCGUUUAUUAAAACAAAGUAUGCGAAUGAAGCUGAAGAUUAUCCAGAUUUACAAUUAUUUUUUGCUUCAGCUGCUGAUAAUACUGAUGGUGGUUUUUUUGGAAAAAGAGGAUGUGGUCUAAAUGAUGAAUUGUAUGCAAAUAUUUAUGAGAAUAUUUUAUAUCAAGACAGUUAUACAGUUGUGCCAUUAUUAUUGAGACCAAAGAGUCGUGGUUAUAUUGAAUUAAAAAGUAACAAUCCAAAAGAUCAGCCAUUAAUAAAUCCAAAUUAUUUUGCAGAUCCACAUGACCUCAUUGUUUUGAUCGAGGGAACAAAAUUUAUUCAAAAACUGAGUGAAACACCGACAAUGAGAAUGUUGAACUCGCGACUCAAUCGAAACUUGAUUCCGGAAUGUUCGAAAUUCAAGUUUCCAUCGGAGGACUAUUGGCGAUGUCACGCUCAACAUUAUACAUUAACAAUUUAUCAUCCAGUUGGUACGGCAAAAAUGGGACCAUCAAAUGAUCCCGAGGCAGUUGUUGAUUCAAAAUUACGUGUCUACGGUAUAUCUGGUUUGAGAGUAAUAGACGCGUCUAUUAUGCCAACAAUAUGUAGCGGAAAUACAAAUGCACCUGUUAUCAUGAUUGCUGAGAAGGGAGCCGAUAUGAUACGUGAUUAUUGGAAGAAUUUUUGAACUUUUAUCAUUAUCAUCAUCAGAGAAAGUUGAAUCAAAGAUAAAGAAGAAAUUCAAUUUCCAAUAAUUUUAA